AUGAACCUUGCAGUGAUGAGGAGGAUGAUGAUGAUGAUGAAGGGCUUGAGUAACUCACUUAAUUUUCUUCACAGUGACACUGUGAGCGAGCAGAAAACUGUGAUCUUACACAAACAGGAGAGAGAAGGUUUUGGUUUUGUGCUGCGAGGAGCUAAAGCAGACAAGCCCAUUGAAGUGUUCACACCCACUUCUGCUUUCCCCGCGCUUCAGUACCUGGAGUCCGUCGAUGAGGGUGGUGUUGCUUGGCAGGCGGGGCUUCGCACAGGUGAUUUUCUCAUUGAGGUAAAUCAUGAAAAUGUGGUGAAGGUGGGUCACCGGCAGGUCGUGAACAUGAUCAGACAGGGAGGAAACUGCCUCGUUAUUAAGGUAGUGAGAGUGAGCAGAAGUGUCAACCAAGAUGACAAAGCUCGCAAAAAAGCUCCUCCUCCUCCAAAGAGAGCACCAACAACUGCACUCUCAACGCGCAUUAAAUCCAUGGCAUUGGAAAUGGAACAAUUAGAUAAAGCGGAUGAGAUGGAGCAGUCACAGAAGACAAGGCGUGAAAAAGCCUCAGUGGACAAAGUUCCCUCAAUCAAGCCCAGCCCCUCAAACCCUGAUGAUUUUAAUACCAUGGAAAAGCAGGGCGUAACUGCAGUUCCCCAUACUUUUCCUGGGAGAUCCCAUGGGAGCUACAUUGUUGUACCAAAAGGCACUAUGAGAAGACAAAAAUCCAUUGGAAUUGCAGAAGAUGAGAAGACAUUCUUGAUACCUCCACUGCUCAAGUUUACCAGAAGCCUCUCUAUGCCUGAUACAUCUAAGGAUAUUCCCCCACCUCCAGGCAUCUCUCCUCCAUCACCACCUAACAACAUCAGUGCUCUCAUUAAACAAAGAUAUGAGCCCAACCAGUCCAUUUAUACACAGACUUCAACAGGCAAGGGGCAUACUCUGUGCAGAGAUCAUCUAGGUUACCGCCGGCAGAACUCUGAACAAUAUGACUUUCAGAAUGCUUCAGUAAUGCAGCAAAACAUGUGUGCACAUAACAAGGCCCAUGUCCCAGAGAACCCAUACUCAGAAGUAGGUACCAAACCUUUGUAUGUUCCAGCAAAACCAGCCCGCAGGAAGGGUGUGCUGGUAAAGCAGUCUAAUGUUGAGGAUAGCCCUGAGAAUACCUGCUCAAUCUUGAUACCGACAAUUAUUGUGAAAGAGCCUUCAACUAGCAGUAGCGGCAAAAGCAGCCAAGGGAGUAGCAUGGAAAUUGAGACUACCACCUCUGACCAACCAGGCCAAAUUUGCACUGAGGACAGUCUUGUGGUGAGCAACCUCUUUUCUGCUGCAAUUGCAGGAGCAGUACGUGACCGGGAGAAGCGACUUAAAGCAUGCAGGAACUCUCACGCAUUCUUGUCAAUGGAUCUUGGAGACAAAGACUCAUCUAUCCCAACCCCCCAUUUGCGCCAAACUAUGUCCAUGAUUGGUAAUGAUAAGAGUUUACAAAAGGUUUUGUCUCCACCCACAACAGUAUUAGGAGUGCAACAAAGUGGAGGUGUAGGCAACACAACUGAUUUUAAUAACUCUGAAAUAAGAAAUGAGCCCCUAAUUACACACAGAGAGAGCUGUCACAACAUGUCAGGUCCCAUCAGCCUUCCUUUCACCAGGGAAAGAGCUUUGAAUGAGCAAGUUCAACCCCCUCUUCCUCCAGCUCACAAAGCAGACCUAAACCAGCCACUCUUCAUAGACACAAAGCUACGGUCCAGUAUUGAAGCCAACUUUGCUGCAACAGCUACAGUAGAUCAACAAAACAAUGGUGGCGGUUUGUUUAGACACCCAACAGAGUCCAAUCACGACACAGAGAAAGCAAACCAAUGUAGUCACCCCGAGCAGAUGAAGAACAUCCAUAACACAUUGCAACAGAAGUCAGCAGGGCUUCUCAUGGUCCACGCAGUGGAUAAGCCCAAACCAAAGGUGAACAGUCAGUCUAAUGGGCUAAAGCAAGCAGAGUCACUUACUUUGGACAGAGCAAAUGCAAAACUCCCAUCCCCCGAGUCUGAACCACCACCCCUGUCUCAUUCAAGUAAUGUCACCUCUGCCACUUCAGUGGAAGAGCCUGUCAAGUUUCCCUUCUGCAUACCUCCUCCCCCAUUGACCUUAUUGGAUAUUGAGGAGUUGGACUUGGCAGAACCCUUACCGCCACCUCUGGAGUUUGCCAAUAGCAUUGAUAUUUCUGAGGAUCAUCUAGCAGAGAUUCCAAAGCAGAAAAAGAAUCGUACAACAGGAGGUCCUUUAUCUCUUUAUCACUCCAAUGCCUCCAUGUCUGGCGAUCCUGAGUCCAAGUGUCUUGUAGGUCUCAUAAAUUGCAUGGUUUCUCACAGCUAUCUUCCACCACCUCCAGAAAAGUUUGAGCUGGUCACAGAUUUAGGCAUUGAGGAAGUAGACAGUCGAAGCAGUGGGGAUCCUCACUUUGAGGCUACCAGUACAAUUUCUACAGUGUCCAGUAUCUCUACUCUUUCAUCAGAGGUAGUUGAGGCCCUGGACACAUGUGCAGUCUACACAGAAAAACAGACUAUUUCGGUGUCCCGACCACCUGUUCCACAAAAGCAAAAAAAGUCUAGAAUAAACAAAAGCAAUGCUAUUUACAGAGACACGUUGAUAAAGGAGAGCAAAGAGUCCUUCAGACAGCUACCGCCAGCCCCUCCACCACCUCUGGGUUGUGUACAACCUGAGACUCACAAAACACUGGCUCAUCGAGAUUCUAAACUAUGGGGGGAACCCCAUGAGCUCCAGAAUCCCUUAUCCAACCCACAUCGUAAAGCUGAUGUGAUUAGUGAGCUCAGCUCUAAACUACAACAAAUGAACAAAGAUAGAUUUCCGAAACAGGAAGGGUCUGUCGACUCAGGAUCCAGAUGCAUCGGAUCAAGAUGUCAGCCAGUUGUGACGAGUCUCAAAGACAGCCCAAUAGGCCCUCCUCCUCAGUCACUAACCCACCCUAUGCCAGUUUCGCAGAGCAAGGUACACCAGGACAAGGCACUAAAAGAAAUGUAUGUGGGUAGUCCUGAUCCUGAUGUGCUGCAGGAGCUAUGCUCAGCUACCGACCCCACCCUCAGGGUGACAAAGAUCACAGAGCGUGUACUUUGGCAGGCGAUGUCCACCUUGGUGGUCCAGGAGCGACAACUGGGACUGAAUCUGGUCGAGAUUCACUCUGAACUGGAAGUCAUCAGAGGAUACACACCAUUGAACGCCAAGAGCUCUUUCCAUGAGUGGCUCUUCCAAAACCAUAUCCAUAUCUUUGACACUUUCAGCACACUCGCCCUUCGGCUUUUGGGGGUGGUAUACGCCAUGGUGGGGAAUAUACCAGACUAG